UUUCUCUUUCUCCCACCGCGCUUCAGAUGUCUCCCGCCGACUACAGCUUCGAUCCAAGUGUCCUGCACGACUUCUACCAUGCAGAAGAGCUACCCCCUCUCGGCUCCGAAUCGACCUCCAUCCCCCAUCAACGUCAAGCUACGAUCGCCCUGCUCCAGCCUUUCUGGAACACCAACAUCCUCGAAUCAUGUCGCCAAUCCCGUGCGACCACAAACACCGGGUUCCGCGACGCCAGAUACGAGUAUCUCAACCUCGAUCCCCUUAGCAAAGCAUGGAGACAGCAAAUGAUGAAGCUGCCCCUUUUCGCGCGGCUGGUAUUCGAUCUGACAUUGCCUCCACGGGACACCUGCCAUUCGCCAGAAAUAUACGGGGACCAGAAGAUACCAGAGAAGGUCUGUUGUGUUGUGGAAACAAGGGACACUAUGAAUCUGGUUAGGUCGAUCGCUUUAACUACAGUGAUGCGGGCGAAGAGUAAAGUAGUAUCUUUUGAUGUUGUCUUUAACCAGGAGGAUGGGCUGUUCGUCGAAGGUAUAAAGAUUUUGAAGGGCCAGCUUGUUGCACUGAGCCAGGCAAAAGGCACCGCGGAGGGGAAUAAGCGAAAGAAUGCCAACGCAGGUGUUGAGGUUGAUGGAUAAAACAAAGGAAAGGGGCCAAAAUCUGUUACUCACUCCCCCUACUUCGAUUAUAGCUAUAGGUACUGUGUUGGGAUAGCAUAUGCCCAAAAAUGGGCUAUGGAGGUCUUGACUGGAAUGUCCUGUGGUGCUGUUUGACACUUCCCCAGAAUAUGCAAUGCGCCCUAAUUUGAUACUAUAUAUCUGACAACACUCGAUCAUGGGUUAUCCACAACUAUCAUUUAUUGUUGAGAAAGGUACCGGCAAGACGUCACUCCUGCUACAUGCCUUGCAAGCCACUAGGGGGCAACAGGCUAGCGAUCCUGGAGGCGUCAGCGGAAGCGGCGGUCUUGCGACUGCGGCUGAGCAAGCCUCUAAUA